CGGGACCAAACAUCUCUCCCUGUGACUCCUUUGCUGAGGGAGCUGUUUUUAUCCUCCCUUUGCCCAGAGUGAUAAAUUUUGUGUUUUUGCUAAUAAUUACUGAGACAUUUUCUAUUUUUAUUGAUUUGGGCCGAUUUAUUUAUUAUUGUGUGCCGCCUAGAGUCUUCUUUGGGGGAGAUGGGCCACAAUAUCAAUUUGAUUAGUCAAACAAUCAAUUUUUGGAGAGAGAGUUCUCAUGAGCAAGAAUCCUGUAAUAUCUUCAGACAUAACGGUAUCACAAGAUUCGAGGCAACAACAACAGCAGUAGCAAAAUGUGGGAUGCUGCUGCCAUUCCCUGAAACCACACAGUGGCCUGCAAAGUGACAUCCCUUUGGUUUGCAGAGUUUGAGAUCCACAACUGUAAGAUUAUAGGUUAGUAUUUGGACAUGCUAAAUACUCUUAUUUAAUGAGUGAUGAAUGUAUUGAUAUUAUUUCUGGCUUAUUGUGCAGUCAAAGGAGCAAGAGGUUGGCUAACCUCUGCUAAGGAAUUGGUAAAUCUCUGGGUUUUCUCCUCACAAUUGUAUCCAUUUUAAUCUCAAGUUCUUCCCAUUUGUAGGAAGGAAAGAUGGGUAGAUACUGAUGAAUUCAUAUUGAAAAUGAACCAACGAUGUUCCCAUUAAACCACAGCAACCAAAUUCAACUAUCACAUAUACUUCACUCACGGAGGACCAGCUUGGGAACUGUACUUCUUGCAUUUUAAGAAGCACAAUAGCUGCCAUAAACCUCUUCAAAAUUUAGCACUAAUUCCGCUCUUCAUAUUUCUCAACUUCAAAAAUUGCAAAAAAAGAACAAAAACCGUGGAGGGCAGAGGAAAGUCGGGGAUUAUGUGGCAUGCAUGAACCUGUCUCCUUCAGCCACCAAUUUUGCAACUUUUGCAAGUCUGGCUUAAGGUGUGGGUGGCCUAUUAACGCCAGGCCUGAAGUGUGAACAGCCCCUGGGACUCUGCUGCCAUUGUUAAAGAUGACAAAGCUCUCUCUCUCAAAAAAAAGUGACAAUUUUUGUGAGCCCCACAAAUGAGCCCAGAAUUUUGCAUUCUGAACUGGAAAAAACAAGAUUGUAGGGCUAAGCCCUCCGAGGCUUUCGCAAUUUCAUUUUCUUCCCUAUCUAAAUUUUUCAACUCUUGCAAAUAAACAGAUUUGGCGAGUUCUUUUUUUAUUUUUAUUUUUAAAAGAAGCUCAACAACUUAACAAACAUUUCCCUUGCCUCCAGUUUCCUAAUCGAUAGAAAACAAGGCGCAUUACAAUCAAGCUGGCGCUAUUUUCCCCUUUUAGUGCCACACCCAGGUUUUCUGAUGUGCGCAUCCAGAUGAGAUUCUGCUCCAUAAAUUCCUCCAGCUUGAAUUACAAAUUUGAGACUCUUUGCCUUUAUUGCUUCAGCUCCUAGGGGCAGUUUUCUGUUCCUUUAUAAAUCCUAGUCGUGGAGUGACUUCUCACAGCCUGGAGUUUCUUCUCCAACUUCGGACUGGUCCACGCCAUUCUUGCCUUCAUCUUCUCCUGCUCCAAAGAUCGCACAGCCAAAGGCUCAAGAGCUUCUCAAGCCAUGUUGUUGCUGUCCUCCCUGCUUUUGAUGGUCGCCUGCUUUCCCCUGGCUGCCAAAGCUGAAGUGGUGCAAGACUUCAAGAAUUGCCUGGAGUUCUUUUUGGAUAAGGUGCCACCCGGAGAUGUUCUGACGCCGGCCAACCCUGCAAGGAUUUGCCAGUUUUACAACAAUGCCUACCGCUUUGCCACCAUGUAUGACCGAGAGAAGCGCAUCCCCAUAUACUCUGCUUACAAAUGCAAACCCGGACAAGGUCCCAGGUACCGAGGUUGGAUGAUCGAGCCUCAGCUGGUAGAUUCCACUUUGGGGAAGAGCAUGGAGGACGAGCGUCAAGCCAACGUCCCUGCUGAUAUGGUAAAAAAGAGCCAGGCCAUUUCUGAGGAUUACACCCAGUCUUUAAGUAUUGAAAAGGGACACCUGAACCCAGUGGGCCAUCAGCCGGAUGAAGACAGCCGAGCUGCCACUUCCACCCUGACUAACAUCGUGCCCCAGUUCAGCAAACUCAACCAAGAUUCCUGGGCAAACUACGAGCACCGUAUCCGGAAGGAAGCUCUGGCCUGCCUUGACAUGUACGUCAUUGCGGGCGUUGUCCCAGGGAAGGAGUACCUCUCCGACCACCGGAUCAACAAGCCCAGCCACAUCUGGUCUGCAGCGUGCUGCGUGAAGGAUAAUAAUAAGAGGGCUUCGUGGGCGGCCAUUGCCAAAAACAGUGAGAACGAAGUAAAAGAAUGGAGCUUGGAGAAACUACAGAAAAUUCUUGCUGACCUCUACGGGAGGGAGAAAGUCGACCUGUUCAACGGUUCCUGUUAA